AUGUUUAGUAAAGAGCAGAUAGAAGAUAUAAGAUGUGAUAAAGAAUUAGCACAAUUUGAUGUUAAAUCCAAAAAACAAGAUAUAGAGAGUAAAGUAAAAGUUGUACCACUUAAGGUAUCCAAACUUUGGAUUCAAAUGGGAAUAGGUUUUGUGACUAUUGUUAAAGCAACAAUAGGAACUGGUAUAUUAUUUGCACCCCAUGUUAUAGUAAAGUCAGGAUACGGAAUUAGUUUGUGGUUAUUAGUUUUCUAUUGGUUAUUAAAUGUUAUUUGUACAUAUUUAUUAUUUAGGUGUGCAGAUAUAGUUAAUGAUACAUAUCCAAUUAUAGCCUCUUCAGCAUUUGGUAUAUUAGGUAGGAUAGUUGCUGACAUAUCAAUGAUUAUGACUGAAAUAUCUUUUUGUGCAGUCACUGUUACAUUUGUAACUAAAACAAUUCAAGAUGUAAUUGCAGGGAUUCAUAAUUGUUUACCAGCAUAUAUAAAUUAUGGAACCGAACUAAUUACAUUCUUACAAUUAAUUAUUUAUAUACCUUUAGUAUGCUUUGGAAGACUGCAAUCUUUGGGACCAGCAACAUUUGUAGCAAAUAUUGCAUUAUUGAUUGGUUUCGUUAUUGUGUUUGUAUAUGCAGUGAUAUCACUAGUUAGUCAUAUUCAAAGUGGUCUACUAUAUUAUAUACCAACAUAUACAAACCCAGAAAGUAUUGCUAAUUUUACGGGAAUUGCCGCAUUUCUUUGGGUAUCAGGUCCUGUUGCACUAUCAUAUUAUGUAUCUUUAAUAGAUAUCCAUGCAAAGAAUAUAUUUGUUUGGAUAUAUUUAGGUUCAGUUUCAUUUUCAUUUUUAUGUACAUUAUUAUUUGUAUUUGUAACGGCAUAUGCAUAUGGUGAAAACUCACUUUCAACGAUCAUUUUAAAUUUACCUGUUACACCAGUUGCAAUAGCUGGACAAUUGUUGUAUGUGACUUCAGUAAUAUUGUCAUUUCCUUUGAUGCUAUUUCCAGUAAAAGAAAUAGUAACAGAGUACAUUAAUUUGAUUGUCCGAAGAAUAUACAGAUCAAAAAUAGUUGAGUUUACUUUUCCUGAAGAACAAGUAAGUGCUAAUCCUAGUUUAUUUAAUGUGAACUCUAUAGUAUCAACUUCAAUUCCUGUUUCUUUGGUUUCUGUUAAUACAGACAUGUUUAAACCAAAAUCUGAGGUCAUGUUAAGAUGGCCUAGUGGAUCUUUAUGUAUAUCAAUUAAACAAAAUAAAUGGCUAGAUAUUUUAAUCAGAAUAUCUCCUUCACUAGUAAUGAUACUUGUUAGUAUACUUUGUUGUGUAUUGGGAUAUGUACUGAUUGAUUCUCUUGGAAAUUUUGUAAAUCUUGUUGGAGGAAUAUUUUGUGUGCCAAUAAGUAUUAUAUUACCAGCUAUAUUUCAUUUAGCCCUAUAUAGAAGACUUACAAAUAUUUUGAUUAUAUUAAUGGAUAUUUUUAUUAUUAUUAUUGGGCUUUUAACUUCAGCUGUUGUUAUUUGGUAUUCAAUAACAAAUUGGAGUACUUCUUCUGAAAAUUUAUGUGAUAUUAAAAAGUUUUCAUAA